AUAGCAGGCUCUAGCCGUCCCUGGGUAACCUCCCCGCUCUGCUCUGCUCCUCAGCUGGAGACCACGCCGGACCUCGCUGAGCGGCGCCAGAUCCGCUCGGCCAUCCGGGAGCUGCGGCGCCAGGAGCUGGAGCGGGACGAGGAGGCUCUGGCAUCCAAGCGCUUCCGCUCGGAGCGCGGCAGCCGCCGGCAGGAGAACAAGGAGAACUGGCUGCGGUCUCAGCGGCUGGAGGAAGAGCAGCAGAAAUCCCUGGCGCUGCUCUCCGGGAAGCUCGACUCCAUCACGGACGUGGAGGAGCUGACGGCUCUGCUGCGAGGAGCCGACGAGUACGAGGAGCGCAAGCUGAUCCGGGCCGCCAUCCGCAAGCUGCGGGCCAACGAGAUUGAGGCUGCGGCCUCGGCAGGGAGAGCCCACAACAGCCGGAAAGGGGAAAAGGAGCCACUGGCCUCCAAGGGGAAGGAGAGCUCGGAUGGGGGCAGCUCGCCGGCACAGCUAGAGGACCUGGAGGAGCGGGAGCGCAUCCGGGCUCAGAUCCGGGAGCUACGCAGUGAGCAGAGGGGAGAGCCCCACAAACCAGAUGCCCAGGACCCGGCCUCGGGGACCCUGCUGCUCCUGGACCCGCUGCAUCCCCCGUGCUGCUCCUCGUCCUUGGAGCUGGAGUCACAGCGGAGAGCCGAGCGCCCGGAGCGCAGCUCCCAGAGCCUUGAGCCCGGCCCAGGGGCAGAGCAGCCCUGCACACAGGAGGGGGACGGCGAGGGGCUCGGCCAGCCAGAGGCAGGGGGCAGUGGGGAGCCCAGCCAGGGCAGUGGGGAGCCCAGCCAGGGCAGUGGGGAGCCCAGCCAGGGCGGACCAGAGCAGCAAGAGACACCUGCUACCACGGGCGACAGCUGCCCAGUGGAGGAGACUCGCCGGAGGCUGCCCAGCGACGGGAACCAGAGCAGCCAGGUCAGCAUCUGUGUCAAAAGCCAAGUGCCCGGGAAGCCGGCCAGCUCUGCCAACAAGACGACGCGAGCUGCACCUACCCAUGAUGUGCCAGGAACCCCUGCCCGCCAGGAUCUUCACCGCUACGCCCACAUGCCGUCUGCGCCAUACUCCCCGCUCCCGGCCCGCAACACUGAGCCCGCGCGGGAGCAGCCCUUCCAGAGAGCCAACUCGGUGCGGGAGCGCGUUCGCAAGUUCACCUCGGACUCCCUGGCCCAGCCUGGUCCCAGGUCCUGCAGCCAGAAGUGGGAGAGCCCUGGCAAAGGCUCCUGGGUCCUGCAGCAGCAGCUCCUGCGUCCCCAGGGCUCAGGGGGCCCCCCAGCCAGCAGCCGUGCGGAGCACCACACUUCCUCCUCGGAGGCACAGGCUGCGAUGGCCGGGGGCCCAGCCUGCCCUAAAGAGGAGGGCAGCUCUGUGGGGAGGAGCCAGGCUGGCCAAUCGCAGGGCGGCCGGCUGACGUCCCCGCAGAGGCCCAUUGAAAAUGCCGAGGGAAGCUUGUCCGGCACAGAGGAGCCUGGUGCCCAGCACGCUGCCUCUCUGCCCAGCUGCCCGGCCCAGCCCCAGCCUCCUGCCUGCGGCACCAAGGCCAGCACCAGGGACGAGGACACCAUGAAAACGCUCUUCACCAUCGAGAUCAAGGAUGGCAGGGCCCAGCCCGUGAGCAACCGCAUCGUGGGCGUGCCGGGCAGCCAGCGGGCAGAGCUGACCCUGGGGCUGCGGAGCUCACCCAUCCGGAUCAGCAGCAGCAGCACCGCUAGCGGCACCGGCAGGGUCAGCACAGCCAGCAAGGGGCUUGACCACACGGCGUCUUGCCCCGGGAGCCUGCGGCGUGGCAGCCAGAGUCCCCGCCGUGCCCGCGUCCCAUCCCCAGCCAGCACCAUGCCGGGGGUGCACCUCCCCAGCCUGGACAAUGCCCGUGAGGCGACGGUGGAGGAGAUCCAGCUGGACCUCCAGGCCUUCCAGCUGGCCACCGAGAGGCGCCUGGAGGAGGCGCUACAGCAGUUGCAGCCCCUGGCCAGCGCCCUCAAUGACUUGAAGGAGGAGCACCUGGUGCUGCGGGCCGAGCAGGCGCGCCUCGGCCGGCAGCUGGAGGUGCUCGCGCUCUGGCUGGGAGCCCAGGAUCUGGAGGAGAAGGACCCCAGCACCCUCUUCCUGGAGGCACAAGAUCCCUGUGCCCACUUUGCGGGCACCGAGGAGCCCAGCAGCCCCGUGGCCCAUCCACCCACCUUCUCCAGCACCCGCAGGCAGUCGUCUGUGCACCUCUCCAGGAGCAACAGCUUCAUGGAGGCGGAGCUGGUGGAGCAGCCCCAGGUGCCGGUUCCAGAGCCGGAGCUGCCCAAUGGGAUGGAGAAGGCCCAGGCGAGGGAGCCGGAGAAGAGAAACAAGCUGAGCGCUGAGGAGCUGAGCAGGAUCGAGGAGGAGGACGUGCUGGAUAAGAUGCUGGACCAGACGUCGGACUUUGAGGAGCGCCGGCUGAUCCGCUCUGCCAUGCGGGAGCUGCGCCAGAGGAAGAGAGAGCAGCGAGACAAGGAGCGGGGCCAGCGGCUGGAGGAGGUGAAGAGCCAGGCCGCAGCGGGGAAGACAGGCCAUGCCACCGAGACCACCACCCGGCAGAGCACCCAGUCGGCUGAUGGCUCGGCCCACCACACACUCACCAAAACUGAGCACCUCGUCCAGUCCAAAGACGGCACCAAAACCUCCCGGAUGACGACAGUGGAGUCGAGCUACACAAAGAGAUCGGACAAUGGCAGCACGUUUGUCCAGACCAAAUCCUCCUACAGCUCCUCGUCCAAGAAGGUGGGCAGCAUCUUUGACCGCGAGGACGAGAGCAGCUCGCGCCAGGGCAGUCUGGCCGCUCUGGAGCGGCGCCAGGCCGAGAAGAAGAAGGAGCUGCUGAAGGCUCAGAUUCUGCCCAAGACAUCGGCCACACAGGCGCGGAAGGCCAUGAUUGAGAAGCUGGAGAAGGAGAGCGGGAGCCCCUCGAGCCCGGCCAUGUCUCGGGUGGCCGUGCAGCGCUCCUCCAGCUUCGGCGUCCCCAACGCCAACAGCAUCAAGCAGAUGUUGCUGGACUGGUGCAGAGCGAAGACCCGGGGCUACGAGCACGUGGACAUCCAGAACUUCUCCUCCAGCUGGAGCGACGGCAUGGCCUUCUGCGCCCUUGUCCACAACUUCUUCCCCGAGGCCUUCGACUACACACAGCUGACGCCCCAGAACCGCCGCCGCAACUUUGAGGUGGCCUUCUCCUCGGCAGAGAAGCACGCAGACUGUCCGCAGUUGCUGGACGUGGAGGACAUGGUCCGGAUGCGCGAGCCGGAUUGGAAGAUGCUGGUUGACUGCAUGCCCCUGGUGGAGGUGGAAGACAUGAUGAUCAUGGGGAAGAGGCCAGACUCCAAGUGCGUCUUCACCUACGUGCAGUCCCUCUACAACCACCUGCGGCGCCAUGAGUUACGCUUGCGGCAGAAAGAGUUCUAGAGCCCCCUCCCCGUCCUGCCCCUGCUGCCCUGGGCACGGCUGCAGCGUGAAUAGACUCCUGCUGCCCUCCUGCAGGGACCCAGGUGUGCAGAGGGGGGCUGCCUGCCCCCAGCAGACCUGCCCAGCCACCAGGCUGCCCUGAGGGGCCUGGGUGAGGCCAAGAGACUGGUCCUGCACUGUCUGUGCUCUGGCCCCUCUGUCCAUGCUACGAGCUCCCUCCAGCUGCUCCUCUGUCCCAUGGCAAACUGAGUCCCCAUGGUCCCGGCCUGGUCCCCCUGCCAGCUUGGCUAUCACCCCCCUGCCCUGUGCUUUAUAUAGUAUUGUUUUAAGUUAUUCAUGUUAAAGGAAUUGUUUUUAUGCUGUGCAAUACCCCCCCUCCCCCCGCCCCGGGGCUGGGAGAGCCCUGUGUACGUCUCAGGCUGGCUGUGGGGCCAAGGCCCUGCCCUCUCUGGCUGUGGCCCUGGGCGCCGCCUGGUGCUGUAGACAUCUGGCCCAGGGCCUUCUCGCUGGAGUUAGGUGGGCAGGUGAGGGAGCGGCCUGGGUCGCUGGAUGCAGCAUACGUAGGGGGUGGGGUUCUCUGCCCUCGGGGGGAGGUGCCCUCCAGAAGGAUGCUGCUCACGCUCCUGCUUGCAGCCCUCUCCCUUGGCAACUUCCAUGCUCAGCACUGUGCCCACCCCGGGGGGCAGUUCCCACAUUGGCACGCUGCUGCCUGCUGCUCACCCCCACCCCCAUGAGGCACCGCCAUUGCUGGGACCCACAGCCCCUUUGCCCUGGGGAGCUGGACUGGAACCUGGUGAGGGGGUGGGCUCCUGGGGCAUAGGCCCUUCCCAGUGGGGCAGCCCCCCGGGGCUUGGCACCUCCCACUUGAUUCCCAGCCCUCCAACCUGACUCUGGGCCCUUUGCACUCAAGUGCCACUAGCCGAUUGUGUAACCAUUUCUACACCUGCAUAGACACUUGUAUCACCACCAGCCCGACAAUAAAGUUGUGUUAUACAGGGCCUGCCCUCUGCUCCUUGUGUGACAAA